UCGAUGUCGUGGAAGUUACCUGUACGAUUGAUAGCGACGAUGAUCAUUCCCAAACGGAAAUUAUUCAUUUUGAGCGUUUGUUCCAUUCUAGGUGUUGGCAUUUUCACAGUCAUAUAUUUAACUUCCACAAAAGACCCGCAUUUAUCUCAGGAUUCUUAUCAAAACCGCGCUUUUAAUUCUGAGCAAAAUUCAAAUCAGAGCUCUGGUCAGAGCUCGAACUUGAACUUAAAUCAUAAUGCAGAACAGAACUUAGCUGAGUCGGACGAAAUCAUUCGGAAUAUUAAGCAGCACAAUGAGCAACAGCCAAUUUUGAACGAGGAUCGGUUCGGCCCACUGGCAACGAAUUCGGUGGUGAUUGUUGUGCAGGUCCAUACUCGAAUCGAUUAUUUAGAACAUUUGAUCGCGAGCUUAUCACAAGCCAAAGACAUUUCAAGCACAUUGCUAAUUUUCUCGCACGACUAUUACGACGAGAAUAUCAACGAUCUCAUACGGCAGAUAGACUUUUGUAAAGUGUUGCAGAUAUUUUACCCGUAUUCAAUACAAACGCACGAGCAUGAAUUCCCAGGCGAAUCCCUGAACGAUUGCCCUCAAAAUAUGUCACGGGAUGAAGCCAUCAAACGUAAAUGCAAUAACGCACAUUGUCCGGAUCAAUAUGGCCACUAUCGCACCGCUAAAAUCACACAAAUAAAACAUCACUGGUGGUGGAAAGCGAAUCGCGUUUUCGAUCAGUUGAAUGUCACACAACAUCACACAGGUCUCGUUCUGUUCCUCGAAGACGAUCAUUAUUUGGCCGAAGAUUUUUUACACAUGUUAAAUUCAAUGCAGAAUAAGUCUAAUGCAGAAUGUGCGAAAUGCAAUAUUUUCACUUUGGCAAAUCAUAUGAAAUCCUUAAAGGAAUAUUCACGAUCAAAAACCAACGAGGUGGGAAUCGUUCCUUGGGGUCAUUCGAUCAACUUGGGAUUUGCGUUCAAUCGAAGCACUUGGCAUGAAAUAGUGGAAUGUGCCAACACUUUUUGCACGUACGAUGACUACAAUUGGGAUUUUUCAUUACACCAUGUAUCACAGAAGUGUCUAUCGAAGAAGUUGUACACGAUGAUUUCCAAACGAGCACGUGCCUUUCACAUCGGCAUAUGUGGUUCGCAUAUACAUAGUAACGAUUGUGAUCCCAAUAAACUCAUCUCAGAAAUUCAGCAUCUUCUUCAAACUGCAAAAGAAUCCAAUGAAUUCUAUCCAGAAAGCCUAGAAAUUUUAACGAAUAGUACAAAAGAUGUUCUACUAGGCAAGAGUAACGGAGGAUGGGGAGAUAUUCGCGAUCAUCAUUUAUGCUUGAACUUCACACAAUCUGAAACUUAAAGUAAUUAUAACUUAUGAACAUGUUAGAUUUAUUUACGCAUUUGUUUUUCACUAAAUUAUUUAAUAAAUAAUAAAGAAAAAUGAAUGAAGGAAAAAGAAUAAUCUUUUGUAUAUUCUAGAUACAAGUU